GGGUUGAAGAAAACUUAUGAAAACCAAAUUUCUUUUCCACAAAUUAAUUCUGCUGGAAUGGAGAUUAUAUUAGAAUAUAUUUAUACUGGAUCAUUAUCAGAUCUUCAAGAUUUUAUUAUGAAAACAAUUAAGAGCACUAAUUUCGUAAAAGAUUAUUCUCCAGAGUUACUAUCUAAAGUAUUAGAAAUAAAAAUAAUGCCAUUAACAGAAAAUAUUAUUAGUAUUCUCAAUUUAUUAGUUGAAACAGUAGCAAAUAUACAAUUAAACAGUAUUGAGUUUGGUAGAUUGUCCAUUACAGGACUUAAAUAUCUUUUAUCAAUUGCAUAUGAAAAUGAAACACGAUUCGCCACACAAGA